AUGCUGCGCAUCAAUUUCCUCCAGGCUGUGUUCGUAUCACUCAUGCUCCUGUCUCUUGUCUUGGCGGCGGAGCAGCCAGUGAUCACCCAUGCCGUGCACCGUGAGUCCCAGUCUCUCCAGGACGUCCUGGCCGGCAUCAACGUGAACUCCAUUCACGAGGCCCUGCAUGCCCUCUCUCGCAAGUUCCAGGACGGCAUUUUCCCGACUGACAUGAGUGCCGCCGAGGCCCUGCAAGGUGAUGACGAGACUAUCGCCAACCUUGUGAGACUCGCCAAGCGGGACAGCAAUUCCACGACCGCUACAACGGAGUCUACCACUUCUUCAGUGCCUGUGACCACCAGCAGCUCCAGCAGUGAGACUUCUACUACAUCGGUGCAAACCACGACUUCCCAGUCGACUACGGUGCCAUCUACGACGUCAACUACUAGCACGACUUCGAGCUCGUCGACUACCACUGUUCCUUCGACUACUACCACGACAAGCUCGAGCUCGUCCUCCUCGACUGUCCCCAGCACCACCUCGUCUAGCUCGGUGCAGUCUACCCUCACCACCACGACGAGCUCCUCUUCUUCCUCAUCGACUACUUCAGCCCCGACUACCACCGACAGCUCUUUUACUUCCACCUACAAGAGCACUACGACCUUACCUGAUGGUAGUCUCAGUACCAUCACUUCGACUACUAUCGUGCACGUUCACCCAACCGGCUCGUCUGAUAGCUCAACUACCAAGGGCUCGGCCCCAGGCUUGCAGACUGGCGCAGCGGCUUUGACUACCGCCGGUCUCACCCGGGAAGUCGUGGCCAUGGUCGGCGGUGCUGUCAUUGUUGCUAUGGCGCUGUGA